AACAACACACACACACACAACAUGGAAAACAAAUGGAGAAUUUUCAGAAAUCAGCAACAAAUCAACAAAGCAAAGCCCUUUACUAUGUUAUGCAAAAAGCAUUCAAAGCACCAGCAAUCGCCAGGGGUUUGCUCCCUUUGUCUAAGUGAAAAGCUCUCUAAGCUUUCGAAAACUUCAUGUAGCAAUACUACAACAAUUACUUCGUCUUGUUCUUCAUCGUCAUCUUUGUCUUCUUUAUCUUCCUCUUCCGAUGUUUCGUCGUGUUCUUCUCCGUCAUAUCGCAGGACGAAAACUAUAGCUAUCUUGAGAAGUGGUAAUAAGAGUAAUAAUGUGCUUACAAAGAGUAGAUCUCUGGUUUUUGUUACGAGAAGGGAAGAAGGAGAAAUGGAAGAUAACGGGAAGAAGAAGAAAAGAGGGUUUCUGUCUAGAUUGCUGCAUCCAAGGAAAAACAAGAAAGAUGAGGGUUUGGUGCAUUCAAAAACUACUAGAGAAAGGCUAACAACAUGAUCAGAGUCGAAUUCAGAAUUCAAAGUUUUAUGAGUUCGAGUUUAAACUAUGACAAUCAAUUUGAUUUAUUGGAAAUGAAAUCUAUUAUUUGUACUUAUUUAGUGAAUAUUUAAACAUUUAUACAUGAUCUGAUCCAAAGUA